AAAGUAACCAACAAAAUUAGAUUAAAAAAAGAGGAGGAGAAGGGUGCGCACUAUUGGCCAUUAGUUCAAUCCUGACCUCUUUAAAUAUCCUCCUUCCACUUCCAUUUCUCUUCGUCCUCUCCUCAGCCCUUCAACAAUCUACUCUAGAUUUUUGUCUUUCUCUUUCUGGUCCUCUAAUUCCCUUUUUUGUCCCAAUUUUCCUCAUGGAUCCCGUUACAGUUUGGGGUAAUGAACCCCUUUGCACCGUCGAUCCCGAAAUCCACGACCUAAUCGAAAAAGAAAAACGCCGUCAAUGCACUGGUAUCGAACUAAUCGCAUCCGAAAACUUCACUUCAUUUGCCGUUAUCGAAGCCUUAGGUAGCGCAUUAACAAACAAAUACUCUGAAGGUAUACCCGGUAACCGUUACUAUGGUGGUAACGAAUACAUCGAUCAAAUCGAAAACAUCACAAGAAGUCGUGCACUUACAGCAUUUCAUUUAGAUCCAACUAAAUGGGGUGUUAAUGUUCAACCAUAUUCAGGUAGUCCAGCUAAUUUUGCAGCAUAUACUGCUGUUUUAAACCCACAUGAUAGGAUUAUGGGAUUGGAUUUACCAUCUGGUGGACAUUUAACACAUGGUUAUUAUACUUCUGGUGGUAAGAAAAUAUCUGCUACUUCGAUUUAUUUUGAGAGUUUGCCUUAUAAGGUGAAUUCUACAGAUGGGUAUAUUGAUUAUGAUAAGUUGGAAGAGAAAGCUUUGGAUUUUAGACCUAAAUUGAUUAUUUGUGGUGGUAGUGCUUAUCCUAGAGAUUGGGAUUAUAAAAGGUUUAGAGAAGUUGCUGAUAAAUGUGGGGCUCUUUUGCUUUGUGAUAUGGCUCACAUUAGUGGCCUUGUUGCUGCUCAGGAAGCCGCAAAUCCCUUUGAAUACUGUGACUUGGUCACUACCACCACACACAAGAGCUUGAGGGGUCCAAGGGCCGGUAUGAUUUUCUACCGCAAGGGCCCUAAGCCACCCAAGAAGGGUCAGCCUGAGGAUGCAGUUUAUGACUUCGAAGAUAAGAUUAACUUUGCUGUUUUCCCCUCCCUCCAGGGUGGUCCCCACAACCACCAAAUCGGUGCUCUUGCUGUGGCCCUGAAACAGGCUGCGACUCCUGCUUUCAAGGCUUAUGCUAAGCAAGUGAAGGCCAAUGCAGUUGCUCUCGGUGACUACCUGAUGAGCAAAGGAUACAAGCUUGUAACUGGUGGAACUGAAAACCAUCUUGUCCUUUGGGAUCUCAGGCCUCUUGGUUUGACUGGUAACAAGGUUGAGAAGCUUUGUGACCUUGCCAACAUCACUGUUAACAAGAAUGCUGUUUUUGGUGACAGCAGUGCUUUGGCCCCAGGAGGUGUUCGUAUCGGUACUCCUGCCAUGACAUCAAGGGGUUUGGUUGAGAAGGACUUUGAGCAGAUCGCCGAGUUCCUCCACAGGGCUGUAACGAUCACCUUGAGCAUCCAGAAGGAGUAUGGAAAGCUUUUGAAGGACUUCAACAAGGGUCUUGUUAACAACAAGGAGAUUGAAGAACUUAAGGCUGAUGUCGAGAAAUUCUCAUCCUCUUUUGACAUGCCUGGGUUCAAGAUGUCUGAGAUGAAGUACAAGGACUAAAAUCGCAGUAUGCAUCACAGCUGCUCUCCGUUUCUCGGUUUGUUUCUUUUGUUUUUGGAUGGAAGAAUUUUUUUUUCUCGACGAGUUGAUUCAAUUUAGACCCAAAAAAAAAAAAAAAGAUGCUUACCUCUUUAAUUCUGCACUUGGUAUUGUAAAAUAUUGGAUCUUUUCUUGCAAGGGAGUUCGUAAGUGGCCUUCGUGGCAUCUAAAAUUACGAAAGAUUGUAGUAAUCCGAAAGGAAUAAUACCAAGAAUGUAUGUUUUUCAUUUCUUAUAUCCUAGUAAUGCAAACACUGCUCGUUUCGUA